UUCUCAAAAAACAUAUUCUAAUUGAAAAUGGAAUAUUUGUCAUGAGAGGAAGUUCCUGUUUUGAAGUGUAUGCAGCAUUUUCAUUCGUAAAUGACAAAUCUGAAACAUCUCUUUACAAAAUCCAGUCCGUAUUCUCCAGAAAAUCUCAAACAAAAUUCCUUUUGCGCGCAUAUAACCAGAGAUCCGGGAUAGCCACAGAAUGAAUCACCAGCAGCCGAGAAUGGCCGACGGCCUCCGAUUCCGUCAUCGUACUCGUAACCCGACCCAAGGCCAGAGUCGCCCCAGUCGCUUAAUGAGCGGACUGGAGCCGGAAAGCAUCGAUGACAGAAUGUGCUGGAUCUGCCUCUCCGGGGACGAGGACCAGCCGCGCCGCGACUGGGUGCAUCCCUGCCGAUGUCGCGGCACCAACAAGUGGGUGCACGAGGCCUGUCUCAGUCGGUGGAUCGACGAGAAGCAACUGCUAACACCAGACUUGCCGGUGACCUGCACUCAGUGCCGCACGGAGUACAUAAUUGUUAUGCCGCCGCUGUGUCGCUUCGACUCUAUUCUCGAGCGCCUGGACAAGAGCUACGAGCGCCUUUGCCCUAGUGUCUUGAUGGGCAUCCUGGCUGCCACUGUCUACUUUUCAGCCGUGACUUUCGGGACCCUGACCCUGCUGGAGGUCGCUGGUUAUGAAACAGGUGUGCGACUGCUGCAGGAGGACCCCACCUUGCUCAUGAUCUUGCUACCGUCGGUGCCUACCAUCCUCCUCCUAAGCAGGAUGGUGCGGUGGGAUGACUGCCUCGUGCGCUGGCUGCGCCGCCAUCAGAGGCAGGGUGUGCCCCCAGAUCAGAUCGAUGGGGACGGGCACCCUCUGCCGGGGGCGCCACUGGCAGACGACUAUUUCGACGACCUGGAACAGGAUUAUCCGCCGGCGGAGGCUCUUCAGCCGGGAGCCCUCUGGUCUGACCACAUUGGGCGAGCUUCGGCUAGCUUCUGCACAGCCCUUAGCCUGCCCACCUUUGCCGUGAUUCUCGGCCAGAUGCUCUUCUCCAACAUUUACGAGGCCAACAAGGUGGUCGCUGUCUUUCUUGGUGGUAUCACCUACGUGGCAGUCAAGGGCCUGGCCAGUGUCUAUCUCCGUCAGACUCAAUACAACAGGAAACGCCACCGCUACGUUCUCGACUACACUCCGUCGAACCUGUCACGGUUUUUUCGUCGCCCCCGCAACUUUUAAAAGGCCGACGCUAUCCCUAGUGCCAAGAGCCUCCUGGUUCCCGAUCCUCCCAAUAAAGGCGCCAAGCAGAUAAUAU